CCUGAGAUUUUCUGGGUUCUCUGAUAGAUUUAGGUUCAGGUUCUUUAUCUUUCAUACUGCAAACUAUUCUACUUUCCUCUUCUCCUUUUCCUCCUCCUCCUCCUCCUAGUUGCUUUUCUCUACAAACAACAAGAAUUCUUUUCUAGUUUGAGUCAAGAUGGCCAUGACAAACUCAGCUAUUGGUUUUGAAGGCUACGAAAAGAGGCUUGAGAUAACUUUUUUUGAGGGUGGUGUUUUCUCUGAUCCCACUGGAUUAGGUCUCCGAGCAUUGGCUAAAGACCAAUUGGAUGAAAUUCUGAACCCAGCAGAGUGCACUAUUGUUGACUCACUAUCUAAUGAUUACGUUGAUUCAUAUGUUCUUUCUGAGUCAAGCUUGUUUGUUUAUGCUUACAAACUUAUCAUCAAAACCUGUGGGACUACAAAGUUGCUUCUGUCUAUCCCUGCAAUUCUUAAGCUUGCUGAUGGGCUUAACAUUGCUGUGAAAUCAGUGAGAUACACUCGUGGAAGCUUCAUCUUUCCCGGAGCUCAAUCCUUCCCUCAUCGAAGCUUUUCUGAGGAAGUUGCUGUUCUUGACAGCUAUUUCGGCAAACUUGGUUCUGGUAGCCAAGCUUAUAUGAUGGGUGAUGCUGACAACAAGUCACAAAUUUGGCACAUUUACUCUGCCAGUGCUAAACUAGAAGCUUCACCGGAAGCUGUCUAUGGCCUUGAAAUGUGCAUGACUGGUUUAGAUAAGGAAAAAGCAUCCGUGUUUUUCAAGACAAGCACAUCUUCAGCAGCUUUGAUGACUAAGAAUUCUGGAAUCAGGAAGAUCCUUCCAAAAUCUGACAUAUGUGACUUUGAAUUUGAUCCAUGUGGAUACUCAAUGAAUGGAAUAGAAGGGAAUGCAAUAUCAACUAUCCAUGUCACCCCUGAAGAUGGAUUCAGUUAUGCAAGCUUUGAAGCAGUGGGUUAUGAGUAUGAAGAGAAAUCUCUGAAUGAAGUUGUUGAAAGGGUUUUAGCAUGUUUCUAUCCAGCUGAGUUUUCUAUUGCUUUGCACAUUGAUAUGAAUGGUGAAAAACUUGACAAAUUUCCUCUAGAUGUUAAAGGAUACUACUGUGGAGAGAGGAGCAACGAAGUUGUUGGAGAAGGUGGUGCUGUUGUUUACCGUUCCUUUGUUCGAAAUGAUGGCUGCACAUCUCCAAAGUCUACUCUGAAGUCUUGCUGGAGUGAGGAUGAGAGCGAGGAGGAAGAAAUGAAGGAGAUAUAGUGCUCUUGUCUUAGUUUCAAUAUUCUGUUCUUGUCUAUCUUGGCUGUUUUCAGUGUUAUUACCUAAAUAAGUUUGUGCUUUUAUUGUGAACGAGGAGGAAGAAGUGAAGGAGACUUAGUACUUUGGUCUUUAUGUAAUGUUCUUGUUUAUCUUUACUGUUAUCAUUGUUACCCCAAUAAAUUUUGCUUGCUGGUAAAGCAAAUCAAUAAACGGAUUAUGUUGCUUGAUCA